GGAGCAGUGAGGCGCAGAAUGGACUCUGCGGAGGUGGCGCUCUCCCUGCUGGUAGUUGUGAUCAUCGUGGUGUCGCUGCUGUCCAACGUCCUGGUGCUGAUCUGCUUCGCCUACAACCCGGAGAUCCGCAAGCAGGUGCCGUGUCUGUUCAACCUCAACCUCACCUUCUGCAACCUGUUGCUGACCGUGUCCAACAUGCCGCUCACUUUGGCGGGACUCGUCCGGGAGGCUCAGCCCGCCGGAGACGGCUUCUGUCAGCUGGUGGGCUUCCUGGAGACCUUCCUGUCCACCAACUCCAUGCUGAGCAUGGCCGCCCUGAGCAUCGACAGGUGGAUCGCGGUCGUGUUCCCUCUGAGGUAUCACUCCAAAGUGCGCCAUAAGGAAGCGGCGCUCGUGCUCGGGUACACGUGGGCGCACUCGGUGUCCUUCUCCACCGUGGCCACCUGCCUCUCGUGGGUGGGCUACCACCGGCUUUACGCGUCCUGCACCCUGUCCAACCCGGGGGCGCACAGCCGGACCCAGUUUGUCAUCUUCACCGUGUUUUUCCACUCCUUCACCUUCCUCCUGUCGUUUAUAGUCUUGUGCUUCACUUACCUGAAAGUCCUGAAGGUGGCCAGGUUUCACUGUAAGAGGAUCGACGUCAUCACGAUGCAAACUUUGGUGCUGCUCGUGGACAUCCACCCCAGGUGA